UUGAAUACCCUUUUGCUUGAAUCGAAUAAAAAUUUACUGUAGAAAGAAGUAAACAGGCGAGACUUGGCCUGUAAUAUAUAAUUUAUUUUAGGGUUAGGGUUUCGGAUCUGUCGUUAUUCUGUUGAUUAGCAGGUUAGUUUUGAUGUUCUUCUGUGAAAAUUUUUGGUGAUUGAAAGUGGUAAGCUGUUUCACUUGCUGUAUAAGUUUGGGUUGAUUUAGGUUGGAAAUUGCUGAAGUAUAGUUUUUUGUUGAUAAUGAGGGGGGAGAGGAGGUUUGGAGGAGAUGCUAGAGGUCCACCACGUUUGCCUGAAAGGAGAAAGGAUCGUGGUUACUCGCCUCGACAAAGGAAUAGGAACAGGGAUUACUCUUCUCCACGGAGGAUAAGGGAUGGGGGUUACUCGCCUAGACGGAGGAUAAGAGACAGGGAUUAUGUGUCUCCACGGAGGAUUAGGGGCUCACCCCCAAUGAGGAUUCAAGAGCGGAAGAACUCGCCUCUGAGGAGGUAUCAGGGGCGUGAAUACUCACCCUUGGAAACUAGCAGGAAUCGCGAUCGCUCACCACCAGUAAGGAAUCGGAACCAGGAAUAUUCGCCACCAGGAAGGAAUAGGAACAGGGAGAUUUCGCCGGCAGCAAGGACUAGGAAUUGGGAGCAGCACUCACCUCGUGGACGGAGUAGGGAGCGUCACCUUUCACCAAGUGGCCAGAUGAUUGGUGAACAGCGAGGUGAGUACUUUCACGAGCUUGAGAGGUCAAGAAGGAUGGGAAUUGAUGGUGGUGGAGACUUUGGAGAGUUGCAGAAUGCCCGACCCUUGGAUUAUGUUACUGGAGAUGGAGACUAUGGGCCAUCUCAGAGCUUGAGAAUACCUGAUCGUGAUAGAGGAAAUACUGACAUUCUUGCUGAACAUUCACACAGGUUACAUGAGAUAAAGGAGGGCUCAAGGAAUGAGGACUCAACUUCUAUGAAGUAUCCAUGGAGUCAUUUGUUAGAUAAGCCCAGAAAGUUUGAUACUGUUAAGGGCUCCAGAGACUAUGGAGUUAGUGGUAGUAGAGUAAGCAGCGAGAGAGAAAAUAGUGGAAGGCCGUAUCUGGGUUUUGUGGAUGGUAGCAUAUCUUCAGAAGCUGAUAAGAGGACGUUAUACUCUUCAUAUGAAUCUCAUCUGCCUGAUGUUGGUGUAGAGCCAAGAAUCUCCGGCAUUGGAAAUAGUGGUGGCUACCCAUUGCCAUCACGUUAUUUGGAUGCUGAUCCUCUCAAAGAUGAGGAAAUACUUUUACAAGACGGGUUCCAUUCCCAUAAAGCAGCAGCAGGAGUGCCGGCAUCAAUGGACCCAUACACGGAGGACUCCUUGAAGACCAGACGAUAUUCAGAAUUCAGUACUGAUUACAUGAUAUCGUCAUCUCACUCUAACAUGCUGCCCUUGGUGUCCGGAGUUAAUAAGGAUGAUAGCGCCACUUCAUAUGGUAUAGAGGGCCAAAUUCGUUCUCAUGGAGGUAGACUCAAUAGUGGAAAGGAUAUUGAGUCUAUUGGCCAUGAUGGAUAUGAUAAAAAUCCUGGGACCAUAUCUUCUGUGAACCCUGGAAAGCAAGUUAGUGGAUUUAGGAACUACACGGAGUCUUACUUUGGUCGAGCUGAGGAUAGGCGUGAAACAUACGGUUAUUCUGACAUUCGAAGAGGUGAAGUUGGUAGUCCUAAUACCCUGUCUAGUGAAUUCUAUGGGAAGAGGGUGGGUUCAGGAGAAGCACAUUUUCAAGAUGUUCCAAGGAGUAACAUGGGAUUGGGAAAAUAUGAUGAAUUUUCUCAUCGGGAGAUCUUAAUGGAAGAUAAGCCACGGGGAUCUCUUUUUUCUUCACAAAGACGGCUAACGCCGGAUUAUUUUGAGUCCCGCAGAGCACUAGACCAAAGAAAGCCAGAUGUGGACAUAUUGGAUUAUGGGGCUAAUCGUCUACAGUAUGAAAAUGAAACACAUCGAGGCUAUGAAAGCUCCCGUAAAAGAGAGCUUCAUAAGUAUCAGAUGGAUGAUGAUCUUCUGGAAAGAUCUGAUGCCUUGUAUAGAGAACAUGACCCCCAUUUAGAGAAGAUAGAGGCACGUUCUCGUGAAAGAUUUAUUUCAAGGGACUUGCCUGGAUCAUCGAAUCUCUCUCUUAGAGAAAAACAUGGCACAACGAGCAAUUGUGGUGCUGGAAUUAUGAUUUCAAGUGAUAUAAGGAGUGCACACAUAACCCAUGACCGUGGAGGUGCUGAUGAAAUGCGGAUUAGCAGGGAUUUGGAUUCUGUAGUUAUGUCUAGAAAGCCAAAUGUCUCCUGCUCCAAAUAUGUGAAGAAUGGUAGGCCACACAAAGCCGCUGCCACUAGUAGUUCCACCAGAAACCUUUCAGUGUCAAUGUUGAGUCGGACAAGCAAAUUUAGUAAAUCUGGUGGAAGUGAUAUAAAGAAGCGGCUGGGUCCACGUUACCAGAAUCUUGAUAUUGAGCGCCCACUAGGAACAAAAUAUAAACCUUCACUGAAGAAGCGUUUGGGACCCCGUCUAGUGAAGAAUCAUGCUCCUCCACCAUGGGUGAAAAAGUUCAAUUCUCAUGAGCUCUCUAGAAAUCAAGAUAUUUUGGAUGAAAGUGUUGCUGAACAAGGUGAUGACCCCAAAGAAGGUAUUCCUACUACAACAAAAACUGAACCUCCUGAGAACUCUAAGGAUUUUAAGCAGCUGGUCCAGAAUGCCUUCUUCAGGUUCGUGAGGCACUUGAAUGAGACUCCAGCUAAAAGAAGAAAAUACAGUGAGCAAGCUGGUAGUUUAAAGUGCCUUGUGUGUGGCAGAUGGAAUGAAAUGGGCCUGAUAGAGUCGAAUGGCUGUAAGGAUAUAUAUAAGGAUUUUUGUAUAGUUGGCUCUAAGUAGUGUGGGUUCAAGGAUUACUCCAUUGAUCCAUGGAAACUCUGGAGUUGGAGAAAAAGUUCAAUUAUGUAGGUCGGGAGGUCUUAUUAUCCAGGGAAAUAUUAUAACCGGAAGCGUAGGAGCAUUUCCUCUCCAUCUGGCUAGUUGCUACCAUUGUCUAUAUGGUGCUUAUUAAGAAGAGCAAAUAUAUUGUUUGUGUUAGUAUGUUUGCCCUUAUCUUGAAAUGGUGCUUACAAAGAAGAUCAAAUACCUUGGUUGUUCAAACAACCAUGAUUUAAGGAAAUGAAAAGGAGAAAAGUUGAAUGAGUUGCAAAAGAAAACCUCUUCUGCUAUUUCCAUCCGUGGGAAAAUCAGAUCUGACACUAAACUUGAUUUAACACACCAGAUGUUCAUGUGGUGUGGUUGCUUGGGGAAGGGGCAAUAGGUGAAGCAGUUCAUUUGAUAAUUGGGUUUAAAUAGUAGCUAUAACAGUUUGCAUGUUUCUGUUUUUCAGUCUGAUGAUUAAUAGUGUCUCCACCUAACCAUAGUCGAUGUUGAGCCUAGUGCAUGAUCAAAUAGGAGAAUUUGUUUACAUGUGUACACGCCUACAGGCAUUUGCGCUUUUGAGUGACCAAUUCUAGACCUUGUUGGGCGGCCAUAUUUUUAGCCUAGUCUUUGCACAUCCAGUUAAUCUAUGUUGACUUUGGAUUUUGCUUUUCUCUCACUGGCUUAUGUUUAUUGGUUGAGGUGGGAAAUUUUUCUUGAUCAGUCUUGUUUAAAGAUAAUCAGUCUGUUGUAGGGGCCACCUGAAUGAAGAACUUAAGUUCACGCCUGAAGAUCUGUUGUCUUUUAUGAAAAAUAAAGUCAUGUUAGAGAUGUUUUUAGUUGGUAAGUCGAGUAACAGUCGAUUUGGCAGUUUAAGUAUCUAGCAUGUUGUCUCUUGCCUUUUCCCUCCUAAAUUCCAGCUAUCCUUACUGUUAACUCGGAGAACUAUAUAGCUUAUUUUCUUCUCGUGCAGCUUUGUAUUGAUGUUGUUAUGCUUCUCAAAACUUUAUUGGACCUUUUCUUCAUCUAGAAGUUUACUGGACUUUUUUCUUUUUCUCAUCUUCUAUGUUG